UUUUUUUCUGUUCCAGACUCCUUUUAGUUUUGGCAUGAAUCAUAGGACACCACCCUACCCCGCUGGGGAUUAUUGUCUUCUGUGCAGAAGUGAACGGAAAGACUCUUCAUUCUUAGAGAGUGGAGUUAAGACUGCGAGCAAACUGGCCCUUUCCAUGGCUCCCAAGGGCAACAGCGUGCUGCACCUGCCGCUGUGGGUGUGCCCAGACUGCCGGAGGACUGUGGAGAAGGAAGAGAGGCAUGGCGGCCUUGACCAGCCGCAGGGCCAAGAUUUCCUUCUUCACUCGCCACUUGGGGGCACCCAGCCUGAUACCAGCAGCACUGGGAGGUUGCCUCUGGGUGCACAGACGCUGCCCUCCACAGGGCUGAGCCCCGCACCCUCGGAUGCCCCCUGCUCAUGUGAGGCCUGCAGUGAGCGCAGAGAAGUUUCAGCGGAGACAGACCGGGAACCUCAGCAGCUGCAGAACUACUGGUCUGAAGUACGCUACAUGGUCCGCUGCAUAUACCGCCAGGCGGGAACCCCACUGGCAGAUGACCAAGACCAGUCCUUGGUGCCCGACAAGGAGGGCGUGAAGGAGCUCGUGGAUAGGCUCUGUGAGAGAGACCCCUACCAGCUGUACCAGCGGUUGGAGCAGCAGGCCCGGGAGUAUGUGCUAGAGAUGAAGGUCCGCUUGCUCCGACAGCUGUCGUCAGCAGCAAAGGCCAAGGCCCCGUCUGGCUUGCAGGGUCCGCCACAGGCUCACCACUUCAUCUCCCUCCUGCUCGAGGAGUAUGGGGCCCUCUGCCAGGCAGCGCGCUCCAUCAGCACGUUCCUCGGCACUCUGGAAAAUGAGCACUUGAAAAAGUUCCAGGUGACAUGGGAACUGCAUAAUAAGCACCUGUUUGAAAAUCUGGUCUUUUCGGAGCCCCUUCUCCAGAGCAACUUGCCAGCACUGGUGUCACAGAUCAGGCUGGGAACCACUACGCACGACACCUGCAAUGAGGACACGUACAGCACCUUGCUGCAGAGAUACCAGCGCUCUGAGGAGGAGCUGCACAGGGUCGCCGAGGAAUGGCUAGAGUGCCAGAAGCGGAUUGACGCCUAUGUAGAUGAGCAGAUGACAAUGAAAAGCAAGCAACGCGUAUUAACAGAAGACUGGGAGAUUUUUAAGCAAAGGCGAUUCAUUGAGGAACAGUUAACUAACAAGAAAGCGGUUACUGGUGAGAAUAACUUCACAGACACCAUGAGGCACAUGUUGUCGUCCCGCCUGAGCAUGCCCGACUGCCCCAACUGCAACUACAGGAGAAGAUGUGCUUGCGAUGACUGCAGCCUCUCACACAUCCUCACUUGUGGUAUCAUGGACCCCCCCGUCACUGAUGACAUCCACAUUCACCAGCUACCACUCCAAGUGGAUUCUGCUCCCGACUAUCUCUCUGAGAUGCGCCCUCCUAGCGUAUCAUCCGCAAGCUCAGGGUCAGGUUCCAGCUCUCCCAUCACAAUUCAGCAGCAUCCCAGACUCAUCCUCACAGACAGUGGCUCUGCACCAACUUUUUGUAGUGAUGAUGAAGAUGUUGCACCGUUGUCAGCCAAGUUUGCUGACAUUUACCCAUUGAGUAACUACGAUGACACUGAGGUGGUGGCCAGCAUGAAUGGAAUCCACAGCGAACUGAAUGGUGGUGGGGAAAACCUGGCCUUGAAAGAUGAGUCUCCUCAGGUUAGCAGUACCAGUAGUAGUUCUUCCGAAGCUGAUGAUGAAGAAGCAGAUGGCGAGAGUGGGGGGGAGCCCCCAGGAGCACCAAAAGAAGAUGGGGCCCUAGGAAAUGGGAGCCCCGUGACAGAGGAGAGUAAAGUAGACACUCCACCCCCGUCUUACCCUGCUCAGCAGGCUGAACAAGCUCCAAACACUUGUGAAUGUCAUGUUUGUAAACAAGAAGCCUCUGGGCUGACGGCAUCGGCAAUGACGGCUGGAGCCCUUCCUCCUGGUCACCAGUUCCUGAGCCCAGAGAAGCCCACACACCCCGCACUGCACCUGUACCCCCACAUCCAUGGCCACGUGCCCCUGCACACCGUCCCACACCUGCCUCGGCCCCUCAUCCACCCCACCUUAUACACAGCGCCCCCGUUCACACACAGUAAGGCUUUACCGCCAGCACCUGUUCAGAAUCACACAAAUAAGCAUCAGGUAUUCAAUGCAUCUCUUCAAGACCAUAUUUAUCCGAGCUGUUUUGGGAAUACUCCAGAGUGGAAUAGUUCUAAAUUUAUAAGUCUUUGGGGAUCAGAAGUGAUGAAUGAUAAGAACUGGAAUCCUGGCACUUUCUUGCCAGAUACAAUUUCUGGGAGUGAUAUAUUAGGGCCAGCAAUCUCGGAAACAAGACCUGAAGCUCUUCCACCUCAGCCAAGCAGUGAUGCGUCCACAGCAGUGGAUAAUAAAGAGAAAAAAAAUGCUGCGAAAAAGAAAUGUUUGUACAAUUUCCAAGACGCUUUCAUGGAAGCAAACAAAGUUGUCAUGGCCACCUCCUCCGCCACAUCCUCCGUGUCCUGCACAGCCACCACAGUGCAGUCAAGCAACAGCCAGUUCAAAGUGUCAUCCAAGAGACCUCCUUCAAUAGGUGACGUCUUUCACGGCAUCAACAAGGAGGACCACAGGCACUCUGCACCCGCUGCUCCCAGGAACAGCCCCACGGGCCUGGCUCCACUUCCCACCCUCUCCCCUGCUGCGCUGUCCCCUGCCUCCACACCUCACCUUGCAAACCUUGCAACCCCAACAUUCCCCAAAACCCCAACCACAGCUCCCGGUUUUGUGGACACACGCAAGAGCUUCUGUCCCACCCCCGUGGCACCACCACCUUCCAACACAGAUGGCUCCAUCAGUGCCCCACCCAGCGUCUGCAGUGACCCUGACUGUGAAGGGCACCGCUGCGAGAAUGGCGUGUACGACCCGCAGCAGGACGACGGGGAUGAGAGUGCUGACGAGGACAGCUGCUCUGAGCACAGCUCCAGCACCUCGACCUCCACCAACCAGAAGGAGGGCAAGUACUGCGACUGCUGCUACUGCGAGUUCUUCGGGCAUGGCGGGCCCCCAGCUGCACCAACAAGUAGAAAUUAUGCAGAAAUGAGGGAGAAACUUCGUUUACGGCUGACCAAGAGGAAGGAAGAGCAACCUAAAAAAAUGGAUCAGAUCUCAGAGCGGGAAAGUGUCGUUGACCAUCGCAGGGUAGAGGAUUUGUUACAGUUUAUAAACAGCUCAGAGACGAAGCCUGUAAGCAGCACGCGGGCAGCCAAGCGAGCCAGGCACAAGCAGAGGAAGCUGGAGGAGAAGGCACGUCUAGAAGCCGAGGCCAGGGCACGGGAGCACCUGCACCUCCAGGAGGAGCAGCAGCGGCGGGAAGAGGACGAGGAUGAGGAGGAGGAAGAUGAGGAGCAGCGUUUCAAGGAGGAGUUCCGGCGGCUUCAGGAGCUGCAAAAGUUAAGAGCUGUGAAAAAGAAGAAGAAAGAGAGGCCAAGUAAAGACUGUCCUAAGUUGGACAUGCUGGCUAGGAAUUUUCAGGCAGUGACAGAGUCUGUCACUGACUCUGAAAAUAUCCACAAUGGCUCAGUAGAGCAGACUGAAGAACCAGAAACCUCAUCUCACUCCCCUUCCAGACACACGAACCACUCAGAGCCCAGGCCAGGGCUGGAAACCGACAGGGACACUGUAGAUCCUGUUGUGGACACCAGGGACCCCAAGCUUCUCCUCUCUAAGGAGGUCAACGGGAAGCAGCACGAGCCUCUUGCUUUUCUCUUCGACAUGAUGCAUCACCAUAAAGAGGGAAAUGGCAAACAGAAGCUAAAGCAGACCACUAAGACCAAUGGUGAACCUGCGGCGAGGAAGCUUGUAGAGCCCCCCAGAGCCCCCGAGGGGCUGCCUAAGCCACGGGCCCAGAUGGAGCCAAAAACUAAGGUGGUUGAGCUCACUUCCCUCACAGAGCAGAAAAAAGAGGAGAGAAAAGCCAAUAGUAACAACAAUAACAAAAAGCAGCUGAACCACAUCAAGGAGGAAAAGUCAACCCCAGUCCCUCCUGAGCCUCUCUCUCCCAACCAGCAUCCGCAGAAUGGCCGGCUGAUACUGGCUGACUCUCCCCAGCCGAAGGGCAAGAACAAGAAAAGCAAGAAGAAGAAAGGAGACAGAGCCAGCAGUUCAAUUGAUGAUGUCUUUCUGCCUAAAGAUAUCGACCUGGACAGUGUGGAUAUGGAUGAGACAGAGAGGGAGGUGGAAUAUUUCAAAAGGUUCUGCUUGGACUCUGCUCGACAGACCCGGCAAAGACUGUCCAUCAACUGGUCCAAUUUCAGUUUGAAGAAAGCCACCUUUGCUGCCCACUGAACAGGGCCAGCAGGAGAGGGACACACAGGAGUGGCCAUCACCCGAGAGCCAAGCCCUUCCAGGCCCCCGAGCCGUGGUGCCCGCCCGGGGCCAAGCAGGGCGGACGCCGCAGCCUGAGCCCAGCCUGGCGCGCGCUGCCGGCCCGCGUUGUUAGCUCGUGUGCGUGUAGUCUGUGAGUGAGACUCCCCUGAUUGUAGCUCCGUGCUGUCAGAUCGGAACAGUAGUGCUCACCUCUUCCCACCGCUGUGGCCUCAGAGGCCUGAGCUGCGGCCAGAGACGAGUGUGCAUCACCCACGUGGCCCGUUGCCUCUGCAUCUCUCCCCGUCCUGUCAUCUGUCCCGCCACGUGUGGCUGUCCUCAGCUCCCGUGUGCCGUGUGCCACCCGAGGCGGCCGGGCUGUCGGGCCUCCUCCGUUUUCCACGAUCUACUGUUUCCGAGUGUACACGUUGCGCUGUUUGUGUUUGCCCCGACUCGUAGCCAGCCUGUGUAAGACCCCUUGAGAAUGAGAACGUUGAUGACAACACCCACCCAGCACUCACACCAUCAAGUCCGUUUAGAGCGUACGACCGUAUUAACACGGAGGCCUGCCUGGCUACUUUUUUAACAUAUUGUUAAGUAAUAUUAAAAUCAUGUCUUUCUUUUUGAAAGAUGGAAUACAUUAGUACA